CGUCAAUGUUCAAUGGAUAUCGAUUGCCAUGUACCACAGUUCCCUUUCUCAAGCCUGAUCUCAUGAUCAAAGACAGGACUUAGAUACGGUUUCAGGUGCUAAAGUUCUGUCUGCAGGUUGCUUUCAAGUAACGAGAACCGUCAUCGAAAGUCUUCCCUGAGGGUUCCGGUAUCUAAAUCUAGAGCCCACCCCCCGCCCCCCGAGGGGGAGGGGAUGCACCACCUCUUCACUACAUUUCAUUUUGCGUGUAUAGAGCAAGAUCUCUUCAUUCUUACUUACCUUACUUGCUGAUCCACUAGAUCUUCUCUUGUAAUAUCCACGUUACCAUAUAAUCUGGCUGUCUAAAUGGCGAUCUCGGAGUACAGGAGAACGCAGUCGAAAGUCUCGAGUGAGAGAAACACUUCUCCCGCUUCUUUGAGUGGACAAGAAUGAACAUUAGUAGAUCAUCAAGCCCAACGGACGAAUGACCCAACGGGAAAGAACACAACAAGGUUCACCAACCAAGAUGGGGCAAAGAAGCACGAGGUCCAGCAGGAGUAACAUAAAGAGCAAGUACAGCAGACGACACGGACCAUUCCAGAAACCUGCAGACUUCUUCAGACAGAGCCUGAUCAUUCAACUGUCGUUCCGCCGAAUCAUAGUCGCCGGACCAGCCUCGUACAGUCCUGCUGCACGCACAAGGAACAGGUGAAGCCGCAUCAAAAUGGUCGUCGACCGUUAUCGAAACGACAAAUUAGGGGACACGAAUGGCCGUGCAAAACACGCUGCAGACAAUUGCGUUUUUUGUAAUACCAGCAACGAAAUGAUCGAAAACACAAGCCAAUAAAGGCGGAUCCAUGAUUAACAAGGGCAGAAAUCUCAUCAGUAAAGCAUAGUUCGGCAUUCAAAGGACCUAACGUCAGUCGCAGCUUGCAAGAGACGCAGUACUACCACCUAAGAUAAGUCCACCGCAGACAAGAAACCUCACUACAUGAAGCAAGCUCCCCACAUAGCACAAAAUUGGGUUUGUCCAGCAUGUGCAGAACAAAUCCCGAAGUUGUGGUGGGGGGCAGGCAGUAUAGCAGGAGAGAAAACCAAUGCGGUGUUGCGCCAAACCGAAACCGAAACAGACUAAGAAGGGAAAAAUCAAAUCUCAAAAGAGUGGCAUUCCGAAAGUCGGCCAUUGUCCAUCCACCCCAUCUGAUAUAUUGCCCGCUCACUAGAGUUCGUGCUGUUUGCGGUCGAGGGAUUUGUGAUGUACUGAGCCGCUCGGAGGGAGAGAAGGUAUAAACGCGAGGCCAAGUCGAAGUCAAAGUCGAAGACGCAGAGAGUGGCCGCUUGAGAAGCUAAAUUGUGAUGUUGAGCGCCGGCGGAAGAAAAAGAACUGUCCGAGACGAAUAAUAGGCAUCUCAGAAACUAACGCGACGAAGCAUCCCCAAGCAGAACGCAAACCGCAGACCGCAGAAAAAAGACCGUGAACAAGGAGUGUAGAGACUCCGGAUAUCAUGAGAACUUUUCCUGCCGUUAACUCCACGCGCCUCAACACCAUGUAGAUGCGACAAAAGGC